AGAUUCUGAGCCAAGCGAUGGCCAAGUGGUGGUGGCUCUCCGUUUCAGGCGCUCAGGCUUUACACCUGGGGGUCUCCGGCGAAGAGGCGUUAAGGUACUUUGGCAACGAGGGCGCCUCAUUGCCGCUGACCCCUUCCAUACUUGACAGCCUGAAUGCAUCAACCUUCGCUUCUUAUGCAAGGAGGGGGGUGCCGGUGGUCAUCAAGCACGGCCUUGAUGGUACCAGCUUCGAUGUCGAGCAAAAGCCGGCUGAGUGGACUUGCGACGCGAUUGCGCGAAGGUUUCCCACCGGCCGGAUGAAGAUGGAGUACACCGCUGGUGAAGGCCGGCAGGACAACCCCAUCAGCCUGAAGGACGUUGAGACUUGGUCGAAGACGAUAGAGAAGAGCGGGGCUCUUGACCCCGAGGCACCUCAGUACGCGCCAUUCUACUGGGGAGUCAAAGGUGGUGAUGAAGGUGAGCGUCUUUGGGAUGGAAAGAAGGACUUGUUGAAGCAAAUGCGCAAGUUGAUGCAGCCCUUGCCAAAGUUUUUGCAUCGGUCGCAGGCAAACCAACAGGAAAUUCUGGGAAGCCCAGAGUUUUGGUUUGCCGGUCCCGGGGCAGGCGCAAAGGCGCACAUGGACAGUCACUGCGAAAGCACGCUGACGCUGCAGCUAGCUGGAAGGAAGAGAUGGAGGCUCUCCUGGCCACCAGCGAUUAACAACGGCAGCUUUGCAAAGGAUGGCCUCCUAGCAGAUGGCGAGCCAUACAAUGUGAAGGGAGGGUGGGCACCUACUUACAGCGUAACGCUCGCUGCAGGUGAGGCGCUGCUUAUCCCACCUGCCUUUGUGCAUGAGAGCAAGAACGUGGGGCCUGAAGACUGUGCUCCUUCCCUGACGUUUCAGUUCGCUGACCCUGCAGCAGCAGGUUUCUUCCGACACUUCCAUCCUCGUCUCCGACGGUUGGGUGACUUCAAUGAGUGUUGGGAGCGCGUGGCCGCAUUGGCCACGUUCGACUCACGGGGAGAAGGCCUUGCUGCAAGGUUGAAGCGGAUGGCCUCCACUUCUCUGGCGAAGCUCUCGAAACUGGAGAGCGGUGGAUCAAGCCCGCUGGAAAGCGCCGUUUUGGAGGCAGCGAAGAAGGCAUGGCCCAAAGUGGUCGACACCAAUGGCCGCCUGACUCGUGAGAAUGUUAAAUCCGACUUCAUCUUGCAAGGGAGCCUCGACUUUCAUGAUCUCAACGAAGAUGGUGAAGUCACAGAGGCUGAGUUCACAUCUACCUUCAGCAGCUGGUUAAUGACCGAGGUGCUGGUCGUACAGGAGAGAAAGCAGAAGCCAAAGCCGCUCAAGCACAUCGAGUUCUGACAGGACAACGCCAUCAUUCAAUUGAAGAAAUGCUAGAAAAA